AAAAUUGUAUGUCUAUGACAUUGUUUUGUCUUUUAGGUUAUGGAUGAAAUUUCCAGAUGGGAAAAAUACAGAAGUUUCAGUUGAAUUUCUCAUAGAUAAUAAAUAAUUUCAUUACUAGUAAUUUCUGUUUAUGAAAACUACAACAAUUGAAAAUGGAAGGAGUUGGAGAGUAUUUCUGCAAAAUAAUAAAGGAGGAUGAGGAUAUUUCUGUUGGAGUUGCUGCAAUAAAAACUUUAAUGGCCAUAAUUAAACAUUCAACAUCUGAAACUGUUCAAGAAUUGGAGGCAAAUCUCAAAGAUGCAAUUCAGGAAAUGAAAAAUUGUGAUUAUACAGUUGCUGCCAUUAAUUCAGGAUGUGAACUUUUCCUCCGAUUCAUAACAUUUGCUGUCUUAGAUACAAGGACUUUUGAAGACUGCAAGAAAAUAAUGUUGGAUAGAGGUCAUUUAUUUAUUAAACGAUUAGAUGAGGCAAGAGGAAAAAUAGUCAAACAGGCUUCAAAUUUUAUUGAAGAUGGCUCGAGAAUAUUGACCCACUCUAGGUCAAGAGUGGUUUUACAAACCCUGAGAAAAGCUCAUAAACAAAAUAAAAGAUUUGAGGUUUUUGUUACUGUGUCAGCUCCCGAUGGUGUAGGUGAAAAAAUGUGUAAAGAUUUGGAGGCAGACGGUAUACCUUGUACUCUCAUCUUAGACUCGGCUAUAGGAUAUAUUAUGGAGCAAGUUGACUUUAUUAUGGUCGGUGCUGAAGGGGUUGUCGAGAGUGGCGGUAUUGUAAAUAAGGUUGGCACUUACACCAUGGCCGUCUGUGCAAAGGAAAUGAAAAAACGAUUUUAUGUGUUAACUGAAAGCUUCAAGUUUUCAAGGUCAUUUCCAUUAAAUCAGCAGGAUUUACCUGUUGAAUAUAAGUACACUUCUAAAAUGCGAGCUAGUAAGGACCUGAGAAAGAUACAUCCACUGGUAGACUACACUCCACCAUCUUAUAUUACCCUUUUAUUUACGGAUCUCGGAAUUUUAACGCCUUCAGCAGUUAGUGACCAACUUAUUACAUUGUAUUUAUAAAUGUUGAUGUAUUCGUGGCAAUAUGCAGUAAAAUCUUUUUAAGUAA